CUGUGGCUCCUCACUCUCUUCUCUGCAUCGCCUCCAGCAACAGCUGAAAGGACAACAUCCAUCAUGGCCUUUACCUCUCGCUCUUCCACCAAGUCAGUGAGGACCUCCACUGGGAGCUCUGGUGGCUCCAUGAUCGGCCUCGGCGGCGGUGGGCGGCUGUCAUCGAUGAGAGCCGGCAGCGUGUACGGCGGAGCAGGAGGCUACGACGUCCGCAUCUCCUCGGCCUCCUCCUCUGGUGGCCGCAUCUCUUACAGCGUGUCCGGUUUGGAGGACGGCCUCAUCGGCAAUGAGAAGUUCACCAUGCAGAACCUCAACGACCGCCUGGCAACGUAUCUGGCCAAAGUACGCUCCCUGGAGAAGGCCAACGCCGAGCUGGAGCUGAAAAUCAGGCAGUUCAUAGAAAGCAAGGCUGGUCCCGCCGCCAGGGACCACACCGCCUCUUUUGCCACGAUUUCCGAAAUCACGGGCAAGAUUCAGAACGCCAUCAAGGUCAACGGAGCCGUGAACCUGAGCAUCGACAACGCCCGCCUGGCCGCCGAUGAUUUCAGGAUGAAGUAUGAGAAUGAGCUGGCGAUGCGCCAGUCGGUUGAGGCUGAUAUCGCUGGGUUGAAGAAAGCCCUGGGCGACCUGAACCUGACCAAGAGCGACCUGAGCAUGCAGAUUGAAGGUCUGAAGGAGGAGCUGCUCUUCCUCAAGAAGAACCACGGGGAGGACCUGCUGGCGAUGCGAGCUCAGAUGAGCGGUCAGGUUCACGUGGAGGUAGACGCCGCUCCCUCACAAGACCUCACCAAGAUCAUGGCUGAGAUCAGGGAGCACUACGAGACUGUCGCCGCCAAGAACCAGAGGGAUCUGGAGGGCUGGUUCCUGUCCAAGACGGAGGCUCUGAGCAAAGAGGUGGUCACUCAGACAGCCUCACUGCAGACCACCAGGACGGAGGUCACAGAGGUCAAACGCUCCCUGCAGUCUCUGGAGAUCGAGCUACAGUCAGCGCUGAGCAUGAAAGCAGCAAUGGAAGUGACUCUCGCAGAGACACAGAAUCGCUAUGGAGCACAGCUGUCCAGAUACCAGCUGCAGGUGACGUCUCUGGAGGAGCAGCUGGUGCAGCUGAGGGCCGACCUGGAGCGCCAGGGACACGAGUACAAUAUACUGCUGGACAUCAAGACCAGGCUGGAGCUGGAGAUCGCUGAGUACAGGAGGCUGCUGGACGGAGAGACCAUCCACAGCACCAACACCUCAUCCAGCACGACCACCACCAAGCGUGUGAUGACGGUGGUGGAGGAGGUUGUCGAUGGGAAGGUGGUGUCGUCUACGUCUUCCACGUCGUCCUCCUCCUUCCAGUCCCGCUGAGCUGCAGCUGAUGACAGCAGGCAGUCCUUUUUGAUGGAUCAUCAUUGUCACUGUUCACUGAUGUUGACCAGACAAUAAAACGAGAGUCCAAAUAAAUACUGAGUGGGUGUUGUGCAGAUCAUG